AUGGGCAAACCAACCCCCGCCCCUGCUUAUCGCGAUGAAGACGCCGUUUCAAUGCACACCACUCGCGGCGACUACGAGUACGAUGAUGUGCCCCAAAUCGCCGACCAGCCGCCCACCUACACCGACAGCGUGAAUGGCGAGGGUUCUGCUGCUCUUCCCCCCAACUCGUUCCCUACUCCUGGCAGCAACGUUCCAAAUGUUGCAGAUGACUACGCCGUUAUCGAGCGCAACGGCCGUGCCUAUGCGUUCGGCAAGCCCAUCAACCAGCACGCCAUAACCAUUCGCAUGGAUGAGCGUCUUACCGAUCCCGAUAAUUUGUACAAGUAUGUCACCGACUACCUGCGCCUGCUGCCGCCGCGCCCGGUGGUGCAGAUCCACGGCUACCACACUCAGACGGUGCGCCGAGGCGACAAGCGCGAGAAGAAGCAGGUCGUCGACUUCGACGUCCUGCUUAGCCUGCAGCAUUUCCUGGGAAAGCCGCUCGACCCCACCUGGUGGGAUGCUCGCACCGUUGAGAACGGUGAGCCUGCCCUGCGCGGCGGCUUCCGCAAGACGCGCGCGAAGGGCUACCAGCGUGAGCUCGAGGUUGGCGAGACGAAGCCGGACUUACAAGAAUGGUGCAAGGAGUACUGCGCCUCUCCCUCCAAACUGAAAAUCUUCCGUGUCUCCCGCACCAUCUCCGGCCUCGAUGAGGCCCUGAUCCGCCAACGCAUCGAAGCCCUGAUUCGCUCGACGAACUACCGCGGACACAUCUUGAUCUCUUUCCCGCUUGAGGAUCGCGCCGUAGACAUCUACUCGCCGCACGCCGUCAACCGCUGGCGCACUACGACCUGGAUCCGCUGGUUCUUCUACCUCACCUUUCUCUGGCUCUUCACUUGGCCUCUUCUGUACUUCCUCACCCGCCGCUGGUCCGUCUACACUGUCAACUGGGCCUUCUCCCUGGGCCCUGCGCCCAACGACCCGCACGGUCGCAAACGCUACGCAACCUUGAGCGAGGAGCAGUGGUUCGCCAAGCAUCGCCACUUGAUCAAGAGGCUGGUACUCGACGGUCACCAAGGCGAUGCAAGCCAGUUCGAUCUGGAAGAUGAACUGGAGGAUGGCAGGAAUGCGAGAUUUGAGUCUGGCAAUGCACAUGUGAACCAGGCGGUUGGUCUUGUGCAGGCAGGACUGGCAGGUUGGAAUGCAGUCCAGAGAGGCUUGGGCGGCGAUCCGGAUGGAUGGGGCGGGGAUUGCUAA